AUAGAUGUAAUAAUAAUAAUAAUAAUAAUAAUAAUAAUAAUAAGCGUACCACUGCCUUAACUGAACUUACUUGUCUUCCGAGCAUCUUAGAGCAUGCAUCUGGCCUAACUCUGGCAUCAUCAUAAGAGAGCACCAGGUCAUGCUGGUCAUGCUAAUUUAGUGUCCUGUGUUCUUUCUACCUCAACACAAUACCUCCUUAUUAUCAAGGGAAAACUUUUUCAUUUCAAAAAUAGUGUCAUCGAGGAUUAUGCUUAAUACAUUUAAUUACUUUUUAACAAGUUUUCACAUUUUGAACUUUUCUGUGAGGGUUAUUCUUCCAUUUGCAUUGAUAGUUAUCCCAGUAAUUCAUGCUUUAUUAAGGGGAUUUCAAGGACAUCGUCUUAUCCCCUUUUAUGUUGAGCUCAGAAGAAUGGUCAGGAGAGCCCUCUAAAACAAGCAAGGCUCUCCCUGGGGCACCUCACCUGCUUUUUUCCACCCCUCAGCUCUUUAAUAUAAGGGCCGGUUUCUAAACUGUUUCACAGUGAUCAAUCACCAAAUCAAUGUCACAUGUAUUGUCAUCUUCCAGGGAAAAUGCUCUGAGUGGUUUUCAAAGAAUCACAAAAGGGGAAAUACCACUACAGGGCUAUUUCCCUCAUAAAAUAAAUCUGUCAUGGAUCUUGUCCUUGGAAAAACACACACAGGGCCCCAAGUGUGGAUUGGCUAAAUGGCUACAGCCAUCACAUUUAGUUUUGAGAACAAUCCUUCCCUAUGCCCUUGCUGUAAAGGAACCACUAAAACCCGAAGUGCACUUCCCUUAAUUACUUGUAACCCCUAGCAGAGCGGGCGCCCAGGAACCAAAAUGUCCCCACUCUUAAUGGAAACGAUACAAACAAUGGCUCGUGCCCAAGAUUUCACACUUGUUUUCCAACCCAGGUCUUGGCUGACAGAGGCCGAGUUGUAAUUCCUUAGAUCGCUUGACUCCCCGAGGGGCGAGGUGUGUGGAUUUGUAACGACACUCCUUGUGAACUCUUUCGGCCGGGAGUAGCUUAAAGAUGAACUUCUCCGGGUUUCUGUGAUCAAAAUGUUUCGGUGAAGAGCGUGAUUGGAAACUUGUGCUGGCGGGAGCCUGCAGCGCCGCUGCUCUUUCAACAGGCGAUUUGUUCUCCUGUCUGUGGCUCAUUUCCAUGCAAAGAGCCCGACAUCAGAGCACCUUUUGUUGCUUAAACGCUUUCUGUAGCUUCGAGGGGAGAGAGUCAUGUGGAGCUGGAAGAGCUCAUUUUGAAGAGAGGGGUCCCGGGGAAUGCCUUCCCGGCUCCAGAGGCCCUGCGCUCGCCCCCGCGGGGCCCUGCUCGGCCGUGCUGGCAGGAGUGAGUCGCGUGCCUUCCUGAGUCGGUCCCCGUCACAGGAAGAAACGCCUUUGCAGCGGGUUUAAUUGCGUCUCAGCCGCCAGAAAUCCCCGCCGUCACCCUCAGUGGUGCGAACUUUGCCUUCGGCUGCCCUGUGGCGGUGCGGAGCCCGGGUGGGAAAGUUUCUGAAGUUGUCAGUCGCGCCGCCCGCUGCCACCUAGAGCCGAGGACGGCUCCCUGGGCAACAUCGAUGACCUGGCGCAGCAGUAUGCAGACUAUUACAACACCUGCUUCUCUGAUGUGUGCGAGAGGAUGGAGGAGCUGCGGAAACGGCGGGUUUCGCAGGACCUGGAUGUGCCUUGUCCAAAAUCAUCCCAUUCUCAGAUUGACUCACCCCAGCACAUUCAUUUCGUGGAGAAACCCGAUGCCAGCCCCACGUCACUUCAGCUGCGGUCCCAGAUCGAAGAGUCUCUGGGCUUCUGUAGCGCCGUGUCAACACCAGAAGUGGAAAGAAAGAACCCUCUUCAUAAGUCAAACUCCGAAGACGGCUCUGUAGGAAAAGGAGAUUGGAAGAAGAAAAACAAGUAUUUCUGGCAGAACUUCCGAAAGAACCAGAAAGGAAUAAUGAGGCAGACUUCAAAAGGAGAAGAUGUGGGUUAUGUUGCAAGCGAGAUAACAAUGAGUGAUGAGGAACGGAUUCAGCUGAUGAUGAUGGUCAAGGAGAAGAUGAUCACCAUUGAAGAGGCGCUUGCUCGGCUCAAGGAAUACGAGGCCCAGCACCGGCAGUCAGCUGCCUUGGACCCUGCCGACUGGCCAGACGGCUCUUACCCCACAUUCGAUGGCUCAUCGAACUGCAAUUCAAGAGAACAGUCGGAUGAUGAGACCGAGGAGUCGGUGAAGUUUAAGAGGUUACACAAGCUGGUAAACUCCACUCGCAGAGUGAGAAAGAAACUAAUCAGGGUGGAAGACAUGAAAAAGCCCAGCACUGAAGGCGGGGAGGAGCCUGUGUUUGAGAAUUCGCCCGUCCUGGAUGAAAGGGCCGCCCUUUACUCUGGAGUGCACAAGAAGCCUUUCUUCUUUGAUGGCUCCCCUGAGAAACCUCCUGAAGAUGAUUCAGAGCCCCUCACCACUUCUCCAUCAUCUAGCAGCCUGGAUACCUGGGGAGCUGGCCGGAAGCUGGUCAAAACCUUCAGCAAAGGAGAGGGCCGAGGCCUCAUUAAGCCCCCCAAAAAGAUGGGGACAUUUUUCUCCUAUCCAGAAGAAGAGAAAGCCCAGAAGGUCUCUCGCUCCCUCACUGAGGGGGAGAUGAAGAAGGGGCUCGGGUCCCUGAGCCACGGGGUAAGUACGGAUGGUGUUUGCUUCUAUGACAACCACCGUCGUAAGCACCACCUUCUAGUGUCCCUGGAAGAGGUUCAGAGUGUCCGGAAGCAAAUCCGCUUGAAGAAGACGGAUACUAAUUAUUCAUGUUCCAGAGCUUUCCUCUGCCAGCGUCCCUCCCGAAAAGGAGUUAACAACAGCAUGACCUGUGACCUGCAGCUGCUCCGGCAGAGGCCCAAAGGGGGAGGGGGCUGCGGCGUCCCCAGCAGGAGGGUGCGCGGGCGCCCCGCGGUCAGCGAGUUCAAUAUCACCUACGUGGUGGAGCGGAGCCUGUACAGCCACCUGAACUUGACCCAGCUAGUGCGUCCUGCCUCAGACAGGACCCUGAGCAAGGCUGAGAAACAGGACCUGAGGAGGUGUUUGCUGGAGGAGGAUGAGGAGGCAAAGAGGAAAUGGGCCGCCACAGUCGACCGCUGUACUAAAAGGGUUCUCUUGAGAAUCCACCAGAAGUCCAGAACCUGCAGUUUUGGAGGGUUUGAUUUGACAAAUCGUUCUCUGCACAUUGGCAGUAAUAACUCUGACCCAAUGGGUAAAGAAGGAGAUUUUAUGUACAAGGAAGUCAUCAAAUCACCCACGGCCUCCCGCAUCUCUCUUGGAAAAAAGGUGAAAUCAGUGAAGGAGACAAUGAGGAAGAGAAUGUCUAAAAAAUACAGCAGUUCUGUCUCUGAGCAGGACUCGGGCCUUGAUGGAAUGCCUGGCUCCCCUCCAUCGUCCCAGCCUGACAGCGAACACAUGGACAAGCCCAAACUUAAAGCCGGAGGUUCUGUAGAGAGUCUGCGGAGUUCUCUGAGUGGACAGAGCUCGAUGAGUGGUCAGACCGUAAGUACCACCGAUUCCUCGACCAGCAACAGGGAGAGCGUCAAGUCGGAAGAUGGUGACGACGAGGAGCCCCCCUACCGGGGCCCGUUCUGUGGGCGAGCCAGGGUGCACACCGACUUCACGCCCAGCCCCUAUGACACAGACUCGCUCAAGCUCAAGAAAGGAGACAUCAUCGAUAUAAUCAGCAAACCACCCAUGGGCACCUGGAUGGGCCUAUUGAACAACAAGGUGGGCACAUUCAAAUUCAUCUACGUGGAUGUGCUCAACGAGGAGGAGGAGAAGCCCAAGCGCCCCACCAGGAGGAGGAGGAAAGGAAGACCGCCCCAGCCCAAAUCCGUGGAGGACCUCCUGGAUCGGAUUAACCUGAAAGAACACAUGCCCACUUUCCUGUUCAAUGGAUACGAAGAUCUGGACACCUUUAAGCUCCUGGAGGAGGAAGACCUGGAUGAGUUAAAUAUCAGGGACCCAGAACACAGAGCUGUUCUCUUGACAGCGGUGGAGCUAUUACAGGAAUAUGACAGUAACAGUGACCAGUCAGGGUCCCAGGAGAAGCUGCUUGCCGACAGCCAGGGCCUGAGUGGCUGCUCUCCACGAGACUCCGGAUGCUACGAAAGCAGUGAGAAUCUCGAAAACGGCAAGACUCGGAAAACUGGCCUUCUCUCUGCCAAGUCACCAACUGAGUCCAGCUUGAAGUCUUUCAACAGGAAUCAGCUGGGGAACUACCCAACCUUGCCUUUACCGAAGUCGGUGGACUCACUGAAGCCGGGGGAGGACGGCAGACUGGGCGGUGGUCUGGCCCCUCACACCUCCAAGCGCUGUGACCAGCCAUGUGGGACUGGUUUGAAUAAAAACCGGAGGAGCCUCCCCGUUUCCAUGUGUCGGAGCUGUGAGACCCUGGAGGGCCCCCAGCCUGUGGAAACUUGGCCCCGAUCCCAUUCCCUGGAUGACCUUCAAGGAGAGCCUGAUGCUGAAAAAGAUGUGCCUAGUGCAGUGACAGAACCCUCCCCUCAGAUUGCACCAGAAGUGCCACAAAAGACAACCCCGUUCGUCGCAAAGGUUCACAGCCCCAAACGAGAUUCUGCUGUUGACAAGGCGUUGCUACUGACCCAAAGCAAGAGAUUUUCUGAACCUCAGAAAAUGACUACUAAGAAACUGGGGGGCUCGAUAACAGCCUCUUCACGUGGCGUGACACCUCCGCCAUGUUUGCCCAAAAACUAUGAUGCUCAGCCUCCCGGAGUUAGACACAGUUUAAUGAGGACUCCUCUCGAGGGUCACAGAAAGGGACUUGAUUUUGAAGGAACACAUCACCCCCCAGGCACCAAAGAAGGUGAGCAGAGGGGCCCUGAGGCCAGAACGCAGGCCAAACACCCUGCCCAGCCACCACCUGUUCCCGCCAAGAAGAGCAGGGAGCGCCUGGCCAACGGCCUCCACCCGCCUGCCCUCGAUGCACCGUGCCUGCCUCUGAAGAAGGGCGGCCCCAGCGGCCCCAGCCCCAGCGACUGUCAUCUCCCUCAGGCUUCUAGGCCUCCCUCAGGGCAGGAGCCGGGCAGCCCACCCACCGCGAGGCCACCGCCCUGGCUCUCAGAGCUGCCUGAGAGCGCGAGCCUCCAGGAACACGGCGUGAAGCUGGGCCCGGCUUUGACCAGGAAGAUCUCCUGCACUCGGGGAGUCGAUCUGGAAAUGCUCACGGAAGACAAGUUAGGAGCCGAAGGCAUCGAUCUCACUGAGGAGCCAUAUUCUGAUAAGCACGGCCGCUGUGGGAUCCCUGAAGCCCUGGUUCAGAGAUACGCAGAAGACUUGGAUCAGCCUGAGAGGGACGUGGCCACCAGCAUGGACCAGAUCCGCGUGAAGCUGCUUCGGAAGCAGCACCGCAUGGCGAUCCCAAGUGGCGGACUCACAGAAAUCUGUAGAAAGCCCCUUUCUCCCGGAUGUGUUUCGUCCGUGUCGGAUUGGCUGAUUUCCAUCGGCCUGCCCAUGUACACCACCACCCUGACGGAAGCGGGCUUCAGCUCACUGGGCCAAGUGCCUUCUCUGUCCCACACUUGCCUUCAGCAGGCCGGCAUCACAGAGGAGAGACACAUAAGCAAGCUCGUGUCUGCAGCCAGACUCUUCAAACUGCCGCCAGGCCCCGAGGCCAUGUAGCCAGGCCUUGACUGGACCUCCCUGGACAAGAGCCACCCUUUCACUGUGCUUAUGACGCUGAUGCAAUUUCCCCUUUGCUGGACAUGCAGACCAGAUCCAGAAGAAAGGCCAAGUGUGUGGCCACGCAGCACGGAACCGUCGCACGGGACCGGUGACCCUCUCUUCUCCAGAAAAGCCCCCCUGAGAACAUUGGUGCAGUUCUCUUUGACACUCUCCCUCCCCUCAAAGAAAAGACAGCGCUUAUUUUUAUUUUCAGAACACGCUAGAACCAAGAUGCCAACUUGCCACAAAUGCCAUGCCUCCAGUCUGUCUUGGGACACUGGGAGAGGACUGGGGGCAGAGGGAGGGGCAGCCUGUUUCUGGUAGUGCCCUUGCGCUCUGUCUAUCACCCUGCAGGCUACCUGAGGGCCAGAUGGGCUUAGUUAGGCCAAAGUCACAGACUCGGGAGUGAUUGUACACUGUUGACCAUGCUCAUUGGUUCAAAAGUAAGAAAAUCUGGCUGCACUAGGAAAAAAAAAAUGUCCUAUUCUCCUUUAGAUAAACAAGAGACAUUUUAAUUGCUUUCUAGCAAUCAGCUUUUAUUUGCCUUAAUAUAAGCUUUUAAGCAGUUAUCUAACUAGCGUUCACCACCCUGUAACCAUAGUUCCAAAUCUUCAGCGUAGACUGCCAUUUAACAUAUCUGGGAUGUUUUCAGCAAAAAUGGGCUUUUCUAAUUGUCUCAUUCCAACGUGGUUUAUUUUGUAGGGGUGUUUAUCAGGCACAAAUUUCAUGUUGGCUUUCAGUUUUUAAACUAACUACAAAUCCAGUAAAAAAAAAACCAACUAUUUGAAAUUCACAAAGAUAUGACGUGUGUAUCUGCGAGUGUGUGUGGGUGUGUGGGUGUGUUUAUAGUAACUACCUUCCAUUGUAAUCAGCUUAGUAUCAUUAUCGUGUCGGUCAUCGUGUUGCAGUAUUGACUUGGACCCCUGACCAUGUCCAUUCCAAUAAUUCAGUCAUCAGCUAACAGAUCACCUUUGCAAAGAGUCAUGGUAAGGGUGACUAUUUCGGAAAGAUGUUUUUUUUUAAAGGGAAGUAGUUUAUAAGAUGUUUUAAAGUGGUUUUUUUUUUUGGUGUUUUUUUUUUUCAGUUUUACAAUUAAGAUGUUUUUCUUCUUUAGACAAUUCUUUUAACUCAAAUAAAGGUUCAUUUUGGAGCCAGGCAAGCCACGUUACCCAUGUAUUAAGUAUUUGCAUAUUUUCAGUUGUUUUCCAGCUGAUUUCAGCAAACACUUAGUCUAUCCUUUUAGUCUUGUGUCUGAUUUUCUAGCAAACAGAAAUUUAGACAACUAAACAAUAUGUUAAGGUUUCCAUUGCGUACAAAAUGAAUUCCCUUUACGUUCUUCUCAUGCAGCAUUCUUAAGCUUUGAAUGUGAUCAUUUAAAAUAGAAACAUUUUGAACACAAAGCCUUGAUCAGAAAAGUUCUGUAAUAUUUCAUCUACUCACAAAAACAAAUGAUUUCCCUCAGGGAAAAAAAAAAAAGUAAUGUCAUUAAUUACAAAGCCAUUUUUAGUGUUUGCUUUAUAUACUUGUAUCCAUGUUUCUGAGGAAAAGGACGUUCUCAGGUGAUAUAUUUUUUCAUGCUUUGGUGUGCAUUUUAAACAAUAAUAUAUAUUCAGUAAUACCUUCCAUAAGAUGCCAUGUGAGGAAGUUGUGGAAAUCUAGAAUAAAAAGCUGAAGCUACCAAGUUUCUAUUGAACUCUUAAAAACAGCCCAGUUUUGUCACCUUUGGUUGUGACCUUCCUGUCAGCAUAGCGCAUUUGGAAAGUAACGAGGCUGCAGGGCUCUCCGAUAACCACAUCACUGAAACUGCAAGUGCUCCGGUGGAGAUGGGUGCUGUCAAAUGGACCCUCAUCCUGCUUUCUGAAAAAUCCUGCUCAUAGUUUGAGCAAAAAAAAAAAAAACCCCACAUAAAAGUCAUAUAAGAGGUAACAAAGCGGAAGGAGCAAUCUCAUGUGAAUUUCCAAGUUUUAGUUCAUGUUCUGUGUAACAUUUUCAUUUAAGUAAAAGUGGCACGUGGGAAGGGAAUUUUCUGACCUUGAGCUUUUGAGAAUGCCAAACCGUGUUUUUGUCACAGUUCUUUGGAAAUCAUUGCCUUUGCGUAGAAAAAUCUAAUUCAGGGACCAUGAGUAAUUUACGGUGGGAAGAUCUUCCUAAUCUGAGGGGUCUGAGAUUGUUUUUACUUUAUUGUGCUCUUUAAAAUCUUUUUUUUUCUUUUUUUUAAUCGUUAGUAUUUGUUUGGUGGUCUUCUUUUGCUUUACACAUUUCAUUUGAUCCUAGAAAAGCCUCGGUGUUUGUGUGUGACAUUGACUGAGGUGGCUUGGGGCUGCCUGUGGAGGGUAGGAGACAGGUGUCAGCAAUACCUAAUUUUAAUCAGUUGCACUUGGUACAGAAGGUGGAGGAAUGGUGAAAAUUGGUUUUGGAAAGCACAAAAGAAACCUGGAAAGGCAGUUCAGCUCAGGUAGCUACACAUCAAUUGUGUAAAUGUUUACUUUGAAGCUGUCUAGAAGGAAACGCGGCCAGCCCCAACCACUAUUUACAUUCCCACAUAGCCAAGUGGGAGAUAGAUUUUCAUGGCUUUGCCUUAGUCAGAAGCCCUAGUCUCUGUCCUGAACCCGGGUGUGGGUGAAAUCGGAAAUUACUAGUCUAUUGGAAAUCAGUUCCUGACAUAGCAAAGUUUGCUUUCAUAACUGCAGCAAAAAGAAGUCAAUUCACCAAGUCAGUGCUGCAUGUGUGUACUGUAUUAUUUUCAGAAAAAUAAAUAUAGUAGUCUGAGUCCAAGUUAUCUUGAUUUUAAAUUGAUAGAGAAAACAGGAAACUGUCAAGCAAGUUAUAUAACAACUAACAACAUUGCACUUUCUGUAUAUGAAAUCAAUAUUUAAAUAACUUAUUUUUCUCCAUUGCUGUUCUUAAACAUUGUAAGUAGCUGUAAUAUACCAGUACCAAUAUGUUCUUGCAAUUGCUUCAGCCCAAGAAAGCUGUGUAUUGUUUUAAAAAUUGUAAAAAUUAUUGUGAUGAUUCAUUUAGCAAAGAGAAAGGACAGAAGGGUUUUCCUAUGUAUCAAAACUUGUCUAUAAUUAUGUCAUCUAUGUACCUAGAAAAAAAAAGUAAAUAAAUUUCUUCAGUUGAA